CUUCUUCAUAUACAGAAACACAAAGAGAUUAGAUACAAAAGAGUAGACUAAACAAAAGAAAAAAGAAAAGAGAAUUGCAGAAACACAAAUGGCCAGACUUAUUUGAAAUGUUACAUUUGCCUUUUUCAUCAUGUCCUCCACUUAAUUCUCCCAAUAUCUUUGGUACCCUCCAGAAGGAAAAUAGCUUUAUAACAAAGUUUCUUGAAACAAAAAUAAAGAGAUUAUUAAAAACUAUUACAAAGAAACAGGUAGUUUCUUGAACAAUAUGUCCAUGCCACUAAAAAACUUGAUCAAAGUCAUUGUUCUUGGUGAUUGUGGGGUGGGAAAGACAUCUUUGCUGAAUCAAUAUGUUCUCAAGAAUUUUAGGGAACAAUACAGGGCAACAAUUGGAGCUGAUUUUUCUACUAAAGAACUACAGAUUGAUGAAAGAAAAGUCACCUUGCAAAUAUGGGACACAGCAGGGCAAGAAAGGUUUCAUAGCCUAGGUGUUGCAUUUUACAGAGGAACAGAUUGUUGCAUUCUUGUAUAUGAUGUGAAUGUGCCUAAGUCAUUUGAGACUCUUCAACAUUGGCAUGAAGAAUUCAUCAAACAGGCAGACCUAACAGAGCCUGAAAAAUUCCCAUUUGUCUUGAUUGGUAACAAAGUAGACUUGGAUUAUGGCAACACUGAGACAGUUCCAGAGAAGAAAGCCAAGGAAUGGUGUGCUUCUAGGGGAAAUAUACAAUACUUUGUGACCUCAGCAAAAGAGAAUUACAAUGUGGAUAAUGCAUUCUUGUGUGCUGCACAACUUGCCCUUGCCAAUGGAGAUGAUCAGAACAUUUGGCAGCUAUCAGCAGAUGAAGAAGUGCCUUCUCAUUGUCAGCUCCAAAGAGUACAAGAAUCUGUAUCAGGAAUUGAGCAGCAAAGAGGAGGGUGUGCAUGUUAAUUAAUGUCACAAAGUCACAAUGACAUCCUAAUUAAUUUGUUAAAUCUUCUAUUCUUUAUUGUUUUUAGAUAUUUGGUACGUCCAUAAUUUUCUGAAGCUUUACUAUUGUUUACUUCCAAAGAAAUUCACUCUCUUUGAUGGAUAAGAAAAAAUAAAUUUUUCUAGCUAAAUUUGGCAUAUUCCUAAUAAUGAAUAAUGUCAAAAUGCGCAUUUUGUCAUUGUAUUUUCAACUAAUUUGAUUUAUUCCCAAUGUUAUUGUAUCCGGUAAA